AUGGCUGUCAUCGAUCUACUCGGUGCAAGCAUCACUUCUUUGGAUCAAAUUCGAGGACUUUGCGACAAAGCUGGUGAUGGUGAUCCGGGAGAGCGAGCCCGGCGUCUGAAUCUGCACAUGAACCAGAUCAAGGAUCUUGCCGGCCUCAGCCGUUUUGCUCUCCUUGAGGAGCUGAUCCUCUCCGGCAACUGCAUCUGCCAUCUCAGGCCUCCGGAUUUCGUGAGGCUCUCGAGUCUGCGCCUGCUGGACUUGAGCUGCAAUGCCGUGACCACCCUCACGGGGCUUCGGAACCUGAACGCCCUCGAGGAGCUGCGCUUGGCCUACAAUCAGAUUCAGACGCUCGAAGGCCUGCAGCAGUUCUGGGGCCAGCGAUUUCGUUUGAGAUUGCUGGACCUGAGGUCCAACAAGAUCGGGGCAAUGGCCCAACUGCUUUUUCUGGGAGGUUGCACGAAAUUGGAGACCCUGGCUUUCCAGGAGGAAGUCGGAAAAGAUUCGAACCCCAUUUGCAGAGAGCCAAACUACCGCAUGCAUGCACUGCAAGUGGUUCCGUGGCUGCGGGUUCUGGAUGGCUCCGCAGUUGAAGAAGCACAGCGAGUGAUUCAGGAGAGCCAGCAAGUCAACGUUUCCAGCAGAGACUCUGAUCGCCUUCGGCAUCCCAAUUCCCAACUCCUUGACGAGAGUCGGCAUCUGGAGGCUCAGUACGAGGCAGCUGAGCGAGAAGCCGCCGAAGCACAGGCCGAGGCUCUGACGGCACAGAAAGCAGCGAGACAGGCCCAAGACCAAAGGACCCAGGCGAUGAAGAAAGCCGAAUCGGAGCGUGAGGCCAAGAUCCACUCGGAUCUGGAAGAGAUUGUGAUGGCCGUUCAGAAGCAGGAGGAGAGCUUUGCUGAGCAGCUUGCUCGACUGAGUCGCGCAGAAGAAGAAGAGGCUGCAGCACAAGCGAUGCGGCAAGAGGAGUCGGAGGCGCUUGCACACGAGCAGCAGCAGCUACAGGCGCUCAGCAUAAGCGAGACCCACGAGUCGGCGAUGGCAGAUCGCUUCAAAGGUGAGAAGGCGGAUGCCGAGCAGCGGCUGCUCCAAUGGCAGAAGCAGAUCCGUGGUCCAUUGGCAUCCUGUGCCGACGCUGGGCUCAAGUCCGAGCUGCUCCAAACUUCCCAGCGUUUGAAAGAAUCCAGGCUGCGCCUCUCAAAGAUUGAUCUGGAAGACCAGGAGGCAGGCAAGCUUCAGGCAGCCACUUCGACCGCGCUCCACCAACGGGAGUUGCUCGCCCAGCUGCGACUUCGUCUGGGACAGCUGGACGGCUUGCAGAGGGCCUGGACUGCUGAAGCAGCGGCUGCUGCUGCCAGCAUAGUGGAGAUGCGAGGACGUCAAGCCGACGAAGCCAGAGAAGAUGCUCAAGCACUGGCAUCCGCUUCCGCUUUGGUACACAAGCUUGCAGAAAAUGCGUCACACUGGGCUAUUGAAGAAGAGCUCGUGCAGAAAGAGGCCGACCUGCUCAACAGUUCUACACCAACUGCAAGGUCUUCCGAAGAGCCAGGCUCCAGCCUGCUGCACGAACACCGGCAGCUGCAGCGAAAGGUCGAGGAAAAGCGCUGUGACUCCGACGAUGGCACCCGGGCCGUCGGUAUUCUUAAGGAGAAAUUGGCCUCCGUCCUGGAGCAGGCAAUGUUGGAGAUGGAACAAAGCCGCUCUCGUCUUUCAGCUGCGGAAGCUGCAUUGGCACAGAAGGGCAAGGUUCUCCAGAUGGCUCAGGAGCAGGAAGACCUCGAUGCUGAGCUGCUGAGGAAGAUGGGCGAACAGCUAGAGGCUUUGAAGGAAGAAGUGGCCACGGCCGGACUCCAGGCGAGCGAAGUGUCAGGCUUGGCUGAGGUCGAAGAGAACGUCGUGCUCGAGGGCCUGAGCGAAGCCGCUUGCCAAGCGGAGAAGGACAUCGAGGAGCUGGCACGAAAGAGAGAUGCUGGCGUGCCACGGGCGGCAUAUCAGGAGCACUGCCAGGCUGCGGAAAACGCAGAGCACGAACUGCAGCAGCUGCGCAACACAGACUCUUCGCUACGAUGCAGCCUGCAGGAUCUUCAAGUGGCAUUGGAGAAACGAAGAGAGGAUCUAUGCGUGCUUCUGGAAGAGUUGCAGCAGCACCACCAUGCCGGCGAAGACACGUCACAGAAGUUGAAGAUCAAGUUGCAGAUGAUCGCCGAUGCCCGCCGCCGCAUGAGUGCUAUGUCGGGCUCGAUGCAGCAGGCUGAUGCUCAGCAGCAAGAGCAGGAUGUUCUCUGGAGAGACCAGCUUGCCAAGGAUGCGGCGGCGGCAGAGACCCGCCUCAAAGAGGUGGAUGUUCUGCAAGCCGCGGACCGUGAGCGGGAGGAGGAGAGUGUGAAGCUUUCUAAGUUUGUGCGUGCGAAAGGAGAGCGGAACAGUUUCGCAGAACGGCAGCUCGAAGGAGUGCGCAAAAUGGCAGAAGACAAAGCCCGUAUACUCGAAGCUAAAGUCUUCGAGCUAGAGAGCCAGGGCGCCCGUGUUCUCCAGCAGGCCAGGCUGGCGCAGAACGAGAUGGAGGAGCGAUUUCGCUCGGAGCGUGCCGAGCAGCAGAGCCAGGAACAAAGCCACAGGUCUCAGGCACUUUUGCUACGGGGGCAGCUCAAGGCCGCCCCUUUGGCCCUGGCAGCUCAGUGCCAGCGCAUCGCACAGGAGCGGCACAGUUCGCAGAUGCGGGUGAGAACUCUACUGGCCGGUUUCAGUGCCUCGUCUUCCUGA